UGGGGCAUCACCGCGGGCCUCGACCCCGAAAUGGCGCUGCUGGCCGAACACCUGCUGAAGCCGUUGCCCGCGGACAAGCAGAUCGAGACCGGGCCCUUCCUUGAGGCGGUGUCCCACCUGCCGCCCUUCUUCGAUUGCCUUGGGUCCCCAGUGUUUACUCCCAUCAAGGCAGACAUAAGCAGCAACAUCACAAAAAUCAAAGCUGUGUACGACACCAACCCAGCCAAGUUCCGGACCCUGCAGAACAUCCUGGAGGUGGAGAAAGAAAUAUAUGGAGCAGAGCGGCCCAAAGUAGGGGCCACGCUGGCGCUGAUGUGGCUGAAAAGAGGCCUCCGCUUCAUCCAGGUCUUCCUCCAGAGCAUCUGCAACGAGGAGCGGGACGAGAACCACCCCAACCUCAUCCGCGUCAACGCCACCAAGGCCUACGAAAUGGCCCUCAUGAAGUACCACGGCUGGAUCGUGCAGAUCUUCCAGGCAGCACUGUACGCAGCCUCCUGUAAGUCCGACUUCCUGAAAGCGCUCUCCAAGGGGCAGAAUGUGACGGAGGAGGAGUGCCUGGAGAAGAUCCGCCUCUUCCUAGUCAACUACAUGGCGACCAUCGAUGUCAUCUACGAGACGUACACCCAGAUGAACGCUGAGCUUAACUACAAGGUGUAAGCAUGCCCACCGCUGGACACGCCCCCGACUCGUGGCCACACGGAGAAACGGCAAACCAGAAUCACUGUGAAUCAAGUCGGUGAGCUGCCCCUGGUCUGCGUCGCCCAGAGCAGCCCAGGGUCCUGCCAGAGUCUGCAGGGGACAGCCCUCGUUUUUUAAGUCUUUUUUUUUUUUUUUUUUU